GUUUAAAAAUAUAGAUAAAAAUAUGGAUAAAAACUGAUCACUUAGAGUAGCUUUGAGUACUCCAAGCAAUAGUCCCACAGACAUAGACACUUCGAACGAAGGAAAAACGAGUUGUGAAAAAGACAUUUUUAAUAUUUCCUUCGGUACCAAGGUUAAUCAAGUCAAGGAAGACAAAUUUUUAGAAAUCAAAGAGCAGCCCUCCUUCAACCCUCAUUCACAGUUCGGAGUAAAAGUCCUGUCUCCCCAAAACUCAGUUGAAUUUCCAGAACAACCAGUUGAACAGAAUUCCUUCUUGUCCCCCUUUGAUAAGGAAAAUGACCAGGGGAGGUCAAACUCUGCAGGUGGGAUAUCAUGCUCGGUUAUAAAUCCGUCAUCAAUUAGUCAUAAAAAGAAAGUGAGGAAUGAUAGAACAUGGAGAUAUCUUAAAAACAAACAAAUGGGGUUGAAAUACAAAGAGGAGAAAAAGAAGGGUGCAAGCAGCCUAGAGGAUAUACUCUCAGAUAAAGAUUUUAUCGUCAUGAGCUUGCCAAAAAGUACUACCUCUGUCAGUGAAGGAGUGGACUCGAAGAAAAACAUUGACAAAAAGAAUUCUAAAUCUUCUGGAAAACCAGGUUUCCUAGUUGAAAAAACCGAGAAGAAUUCGAAAUCCUGAGCUUGUGUGAUUUUCUAAGCUUUAAUUUGCUUGUUAUGGGAUGGCUAUAUGAUCAAAAAGAGUCAAGACUUCCACAUAACUUAAUGCAGUCUUUUAUUUAAAUUCU